ACGAGUGGUUCCCAAAAGCAAAGCCAAGCAUUGAUUUUGUAAACAAUUAAUCGUUUUGUUUGUAAUUUAAACAAACGUUUCGUGAAUUGCAUUCAAUCGGUGUCUGAAUUGUGGACUGAAUUGAAUGGUAAAUGAGAGACAAUUGGAUGAUGUCUUCGCUGAUAAAUCGGUCCAUUUCUAUGGUUUCCAAUGGAGUCCACAAUCAGUCAAACAGUCAUUUGAAUGCAAUGAACGGCCAAAACAUCACUUCAACUGAUUCUCCGCUCAAACUCUUUGUUUUGGCGAAGAAAACCAUUAAUGAGAUAUUCCUCGACAUCAACGCCUUCGUCACCGAAUGCCAUGACUUUGUCAAUGAUGUGAACGAAGAGGUGAUCAGCAAAGACCAGUUGAGUCGAGUCGACAGUUUCACCGCCAAAGUGACCGGAAUUAGGGAUGUGUUGACCAGAGAUCACAUGAAAGUGGCGUUCUUUGGCCGCACCAGUAAUGGCAAGAGUAGUGUCAUUAACGCCGUCCUCCACAACAAGAUAUUGCCGUCUGGUUUGGGACAUACGACCAAUUGCUUCCUUCAGGUCGAGGGCACCGACGAAGACGAGCCCUAUAUUGUGGUCGACGAUAAGCCCAAUACACGGCUUAACAUAGAGUCGGUCCAGGAUUUGGCCAACGCUUUGACGGCCGGAGAAAUGGGUGACUCAACACUGGUUCGCGUGUUUUGGCCCAAAAGCAAGUGCUCUCUACUCAGCGAUGAUGUGGUUCUGGUGGACAGUCCGGGCAUUGAUGUGUCCGCAAAUCUGGACGAAUGGAUUGAUAAGCACUGUCUCGACGCCGAUGUCUUUGUGUUGGUCUCAAACUCGGAGUCAACUCUCAUGAGAACCGAAAAGAAUUUCUUUCAUAAAGUGAAUGAAAAGCUUUCGAAACCGAAUGUCUUUAUUCUGAACAACCGAUGGGACGCCUCGGCCUCAGAGCCCGAAAACCUGGAACUCGUCCGCAAACAACAUAUGACACGUGAUAUUGACUUUCUUACGGUUGAACUCAAUGUUGUGGACACCGAGGAAGCGAAGGACAGAGUGUUCUUUGUCUCAGCCAAAGAGGUUCUUCAGGCGCGCACUCAAAGACCUCCGGUUAACUCGAGUGCAUUUCCCGAUGGCUUUCAGAUCCGUUACUUUGAAUUUGAAGACUUUGAGCGCAAGUUUGAACAGUGUUUGUCAAAGUCGGCGCUGAAGACCAAGUUUGCACAGCACACCAAACGCGCCCAGAGGUUGACCUCUGAGUUAUCCCAUAUUCUGGAUGCCAUUCAACAGAAGUCCAAUCAAUUAAUGACUUCUAAAUGCGAGCAAAGGAAUGAAUUGAUGGAAAAGUUGCAGUUUAUUGAACAACAAAUGCAUUUAUUGACGGAUGAAGUGAAGCAUCAGAUUUGCCAUUUGGUAGAACAGGUAGAGGUGAAGGUCUCCUCCGCCCUCACCGAAGAGAUUCGUCGCCUCUCUCUACUCGUCAAUGACUUCGACCGACCCUUUAGUUCUGAUUGUCUUGUUUUAGGCGUCUAUAAGAAAGAGCUUCACUCGCAUGUGGAACGAGGCCUCGGCUCUAACCUAAGGGCUCGACUCUCGACCGCACUUACAUGUAAUGUAGAGUCGGCUCAACACGAGAUGAUUGAACGCGUUAUGAAUUUACUCCCACCACAAGAACAGCAAAAACAAUUCAACUAUAGUUUGACUCCUCGACAGAAUUUCGAGAUAUUAUAUCGAAUUAAUUGCGAAUCCCUUUGUUCUGACUUUCAGGAAGACUUGGAGUUUAAGUUCUCGUUUGGUUUGAUUCAAAUGAUUAGGAGAUUCACAAAAUCUAAUGAUUAUAAAAAGGAUUUUAACAAAUCUUUGCCAUCGACUGCACCGCAAACCCCCAGUAAUAGCGAAGUCGUGCAAACCAGUAGUGUAUUGAAUACGGACGCACUCGCGCUCAUCGAUAAACUAAGUCUAGUAUCGCCGCAAUCGCACACAACUGUCGGUCUCUUAGGCGUCAGCGCUUUUCUCGUGCGAACCAUCGGUUGGCGUUUAAUUGCUAUUACGGGCAGCGUUUACGGACUGCUAUACAUCUACGAGAGACUCACGUGGACUAAUAGGGCUAAAGAGUCCACUUUCAAGCGACAAUAUGUUAAUCACUCGACGCGUAAGCUUAAGCUUAUAGUCGAUCUGACGAGCGCUAACUGUUCACAUCAGGUCCAACAGGAGUUGUCGUCAACUUUUGCCCGUUUAUGUCAUUUAGUGGAUGAAGUGAUUGUUGACAUCCAAUCGGAACUUAAACUUCUAGACCAACAGAUCCAGAGACUGGACGAGUACUCUAGCAUUUCCAGAAAACUCAAGAAUAGGGCCAACUUCUUGGCCAAUGACUUAAAUAAAUUCACUGACGAUUACCUAAAUAUUUAAAAUAUAAUUUUGAAACUAAAUAGAAAUAUCAUUAAAUAUUCUUAUGGUAGUUAUUUUUGUGAUCAAUUGACUCUUGUUUAUAGAAUUAGAUUCUGUUUUAUUUUAGUGUUUUAUGUUUGACAACAAUUAUAAGAUAACUGAAA